AUGUUCAAAUCUGGAGAUAUUUCUGCAGUGAGGGCUGGUUCCCAGACACUGGCAGGGCUUGCGAAACGGAUAAACAUCCCCUUAACACCCACGAGUCCUCCCGGUUUAAUCGAAGCAAACACUGUCGAUCCGUGGAAAGAGUCUGGGAAGUACGCUUUGGGAUGGACCUACUUCUGUGUAGUACUGGUCGUGCUCGUGGGUAUCACAAGAUGCUACCAUCUCUGGACCGACAAGAUCAGACAAGCGAUGCACAAGCAUGAGGUGGAACAACAUAUGGUGACCUAUUCGCCCGAUGCGGAUUACGCGAUGGGAAAUAUUGAGACAGGAGGAACCGCACAGCAACUUUUCCCUCGAGACGCCGAGGAAAAGUCUUUCGUUCUGACCAGAGGCCAAUCGCAUUGGUCAUCAUUCGGCGUGGUCAACGAUACCCUGGCUCUAUUCAGAUGGAUCUUUUACCGGCCGGUUGCUGAGGUCAAGUGGAAGAAGAGGACAAUUCUCAGCUUCCCAUCUCUGGCUGUUAUUGCUAUUCUGGUCAUCGCAACAGCGUUUGUGACGUUAUACUGCUUCUUACCACAACCGCUUUACUGGCAAAGCAUCCAAUAUGGCUCCCCACCUCUCGCAAUUCGGGCUGGCAUGAUCGCAAUUGCAAUGACACCAUGGAUCGUUGCAACAAGCAUGAAAGCGAAUCUCAUCACGAUGGUUACAGGAAUUGGUCAUGAGAGACUCGGCGUCUUUCACAGAUGGGGCGGAUAUCUAUGUCUCUUCUUGUCCUUAGUCCAUGCCAUUCCAUUUUACGUUCAGCCCGUUUGGGAAGAUGGUGGGAUGGAUGUUUAUUCAAAGCUCUUCCCUUCUGGCAGUGGAAUUAUCUACGGUACCGGAAUUGCAUGCCUCGUACCCCUGGGGUGGCUCUGUAUUGCCUCGCUACCAUUCUUGCGAUCGCUUGCGUACGAGCUCUUCGUCAUGCUACAUAUUCCAGUAGCAGUGGCUUAUGUCGGACUCCUUUUCUGGCACUGCAAAAAUUAUCUCACCUCAUGGGAUUACUUGUAUGCCACUGUUGCCAUCUGGGUCCUCUCAUACUUUGUACGAGUAUUCAACUUGAACUGGAUGAAGCCAUGGAGAAACGCUUGGCUUAUUGGCGACGAGGCGGCUGUCACGCUUAUGGCCGAGAAUGCCAUUAAGGUCACCAUUCCAACUCAAAUGACGUGGAGACCAGGACAAUAUGUGUACUUGAGAAUGCCUGGCAUCUCAGUCUUCGAGAACCAUCCGUUUACGAUUUCGUCGCUGUGUAGCGAGGACUUCCCUUCAGAAUACGGGGAUUUGUACAGAGAUUGCACGCUUGUCUUCCGACCAUUCGGAGGCUUUACAAGGAGGGUUCUUGAAACAGCCAUUGAGAAAGGACCAUUCAAGACAUAUCGUGCGUACCUCGAAGGACCAUACGGUGGUAUGCAACGAGAACUAGCUGCAUUCGACACAGUCAUUCUUUUUGCUGGUGGCAGUGGUAUCACAGCCAUUGUCUCGCAACUCUUGAAUCUCAUCAAGAGAAUGAGAGACGGGAAGGCGGUAACGAAGAAGAUCGAGGUUGUCUGGGCUCUGAAGAGACUGGAGGCAAUGGACUGGUUCAGAGAAGAGCUCCGGAUUUGCAGAGAAUAUGCUCCUCCGGACACUGUAACAUGCCAAUUCUACGUCACAGCAGCCAAGAGGCAGUCGAGAGUCGGAAUGAGCGAGAGGGCACCAAGGCCAAUUAGCACAAUCUUCCAUGAUAAGCUAGAUGGCUUCGUGGCCGGAAUCGCAUCGAAGAGAAACUCGCAAUUUAUCCGAGACGAAGCUCAGGGAGACGAGGAGCGAGAGAGAGAACUUCGACAGGAAGACGAGGAUGCAAUUACAUCCCUCCCACAACAGAAGCAUUUGCAACACAAGGUGUUCCCACCUCCACCCACAACAUUCUUCCCUCCUCCGCCCAAAAAAGCACUCCGGGAGAAUGCUCUCAAGAAGCUUGAAGGCAAAGAGAAGAGAAACUCUAUGCUUGGCUCUGAAGCCGAUAGCCACGAAGCAACCCAUAAAUUUCACUCACCAUCGUCCCGCCCAGGAGAUUUCCAUUUCCCAGCACCAUCUCCCCGGCAUGAUGCACCACACUUCCAAUUUGCGCCUCCAUCGCCAAACCGACUCAGCAACAGCACGUACAACCCGCAGAACUACCCACCGCCACCUCCAGGGCCACCUCCCAACGCAUACAGACCAGCUUCGUACAUGUCCUCGGACUCGAGGCCAGCUUCCUACCUUCCCUCAGAACCCUUCCCACCACCACAAUCCGCAUUCGCCCCUCCUCCAACAGCCCCAACUUACCCUGAACCAGCGCACACGCGCCAAAAGUCCGCGGAUCUCCAAAUCCAAAUCCCCACCAAGACCGCCUCCUCAACCUUCGACUUCGGCUUCCCCACGACACCAACCGAGUUCCAGAAGAAUUUGAUGCGGUUUGCUUUUGUCGGAGCCAAGAAAAAGGAGGGCUGGUCGACAGAAUACGGCCGUCCGGAUCUCGGGUACAUGUUGAAGGACAUGGCGACUGGAGGUGCGGAUGGGAAAGGUAUCUUCGGGAGGAGGACGUGUGUCUUUGUGUGUGGACCACCGAGUAUGAGAGUUGAUGUUGCAAACACGGUUGCAAGACUACAGGCGGAUAUUUGGGGUGAUGAUAGCAAAGAUGAGAUUUUCUUACAUACCGAGAAUUAUGCUAUUUGA